CUCCUGGGCGCGUGACGUAGCAGGGGGAAGCGUGCGCCCACGUGGCGCGUUUAUGUCGGUUGAAUGCACGUGGGUUUGCACAGUCAGCGCGUGUUGAGGACGCUUGUGGUUUCCUCGUGUUUAGAACACUCGCGUUUGCGUUUACGGACGGAUUCGUGUCGACAUCCAACGCACCAUGUUGCAACUCCCUCAACCAACCGGAUGGGUUUGAUUCCCGCGGGGAUGUCAAAGUCAUCAUGGCCACGAACAAGAUCGAGAAGCCUGGACCCGGCGUUGAUGAGGCCUGGGAUUCAUACGAGUCGGAUGACGUUGGGGGAGGGAUGAUGUGGGAUUUGGAGGAGUUUGUGAUGGCGAAGGAUGACUUGAGUGGGCCUGAUAUCAAGGCCAUCUGCACGGAAGCCGGUCUCCUUGCCCUCCGCAAACGGCGCAUGCGCGUAGUCGCGGACGAUCUGCGCAAGGCCAAGGAGAAGGUGCUGUACCGCAAGACCAAGGGCACGCCCGAGGGAUUGUACUUAUAGAGAGCGGGAUACGGGCGUGGGGUGUUCUUCUUUGUUUGAACGGGUUCUGUCUCCCUCCGUGAUGCUCUCAUUUUCUGUGAUGUGAAUGAAUGUGAAAUGUAUAGCGCAUUGCCCCUUUUGUCUUGCUCUCUCGUCUGUCGGACGUCUGCAUAUGAUAUGCUGGAACUUGC